AGUCUGAUGUGUUGAAAGGUCUUGCUUGGGAUACUUGGAAAUGAGCCACAGGACACAGCAGCAGGCUGGUUUUCCGAAGGGUCAGACUCCGAGUGGGCAUGCCUGGGUCUCUGUUCUGUCCGCUUAUGCAUGUGCAACCGCUGCUUCUAUUGUAUCUGAGACUGUGACGUAUCCACUUGACUUGGCCAAGACCAGGUUACAGAUUCAGGGAGAAGUAACACGGUAUACGAUAGAAAGGGGAGGCAGUGUGAUACCCCAGCGAGGUUUUUGGAAAACAACUGUUGGAAUAGUUAAUGAGGAAGGAUUUUUCAAAUUAUGGCAAGGGUUAUCACCGGCAAUUUACCGCCAUGCAAUAUACACUGGGUGCAGAAUGGCAUUUUACGAGAUGUUACGGGAAAAUAUUCUAGGAAAAGAAAAGGACGGUUCUUUUCCAUUAUGGAAAGCAAUCACGGGUGGCCUGUUAGCCGGCGGUUUAGGACAAUUUUUAGCAAGCCCAGCUGACCUUGUCAAAGUACAAAUGCAAGCAGAGGGCCGAAGACGAUUAGAGGGGAAAAAACCUAGAGUAAAAGGUCCUUGGCAUGCUUUCUCAAAAAUAUUACGGGAAGGCGGAGUCCGAGGCUUGUGGAAAGGUUGGGUGCCAAAUGUGCAGCGAGCAGCCCUGGUCAACAUGGGAGAUCUCACGACAUACGAUACUGCCAAACAGUUCAUUCUCAAACACACAGCUUUAGUCGAUAACUCAUUAACACACUUCUUAUCAAGUUGCUGUGCAGGCCUAGUGUCGGCAACACUUGGUACACCCGCGGAUGUUGUCAAAACGAGGGUGAUGAACCAACCAACCAAAGAUGGACGAGGAGUGUUAUAUACCUCAUCUAUAGACUGCCUAAUGAAGACUGUCCGACAAGAAGGUUUUUUAGCAUUGUACAAAGGCUUCAUCCCGAUAUGGGCCAGAAUGGCUCCGUGGUCACUGAUCUUCUGGUUGAGCUAUGAGCAGAUCAGGAAAGCAGCUGGAGUGAAGGGAUUCUGAGAGAUUGGUGACGACACCAUCAAGAGAACUGACCUUUGGAUCAUAAUAUGCAGGAUGUUGUCUCCUGGGUUUGUGGAGUGGCCGUAUUGUACUGGGACCAAAUCAUGCUCAGACUUUGAAAUGUCAUUUGGUCAAUUACUGACUUGGAUACAUUAUUACUUGUAUGGUUUUGGGAAGGUACAUGUACUCAUUCUAUAAUGAGUGCUGACUUUUAUAGCAUUCAGGGUAUGGCUACUGAAGUUCAAGACAGGGUUUCCUAAAUAUAGUAGUAGUUUUAAUAAAAAUUGGGUAAUUUCUGGAAAAUGUGGUGGGGAUGGAUUCAGGAUCACCGAACUAGUGUACUUGAAUCAAGGUGAAACUUUGUCUUUAUUGAUACCAGAUUACAUGUAUCUGUUGAUACUUUGAAUUGUGAUUCAUGAUUCUCUUUUGUAAUUAUGUGCAUUUAGUGUUGCUGAGAGGUGUUCUCAGUUGUGCUUUUAUUCUACUCGAGGAAUCAGGCCUUUGAACAAGUGAUUUAUCAGGUAUGAGGAAGAUGAAGGGAUCAGUUUUAAAAUCUGAGUAGUUCUUAUAUCUUCUUCAGAUCACAGAGUGAAAUAUUUUUGGCAUUGUACUUCAUAAUCUAAACUAUUUUGUAUGAAGCCAUAGAUCAUUAGUUUGUACAUGUAGAUACUGCACUUAACUGACCAAGGACAAAAAGUGAAAGAGGUUAUCGUUUUUCAACUAGGACAUUGCAAUAUUUCUCAGUCCAUUUCAGUUCCAAGGAAUUCCCUUUAGAAUACAUGUAUAUGUGCUUUUGGUAACUUGAUUCAUGGUUCUACAGAUAGGUGGCCGUGUUUCCUACCCAAAAUGAAAACAAUUGAGCGACUUCUCAAAGUGAUAUGUUUCACUUUUUCUUCUUGUCCACACUCGUGUGUGGAAUGUUUGAUAGAAAAUAAUGAUUUUACAAUGUACAUGAUUGAACAGUUGAAUAAAGUGAACAGUUUAGUA